CGGGUAGGAACAGACGUCACCUUCGCGCAGGGCGCUUCCGGUCCACGUGAGCGGGGUUUCGCGCCGGCUGCUGGCUGUAGGCUAGCGUCAAAAGGCUGAGUGGUGCAGGUUUUCUCAAGUUGCUAUUUCUCCUCCGGGACCAUGGCCACAGACUCUUGGGCCCUGGCGGUGGACGAGCAGGAGGCAGCUGUCAAGUCAAUGAGCAGUUUGCAGAUCAAGGAAGAGAAGGUCAAACCAGAUACCAAUGGUGUUGUCAAAACCAGUCCCACUGCAGAGAAGACAGAUGAGGAAGAGAAAGAGGACAGAGCUGCCCAGUCUUUACUCAACAAGCUGAUCAGAAGCAACCUUGUGGAUAACACGAACCAAGUGGAAGUGCUGCAGCGGGACCCCAGCUCCCCUCUCUACUCGGUGAAGUCUUUUGAAGAGCUCCACCUGAAGCCACAACUUCUCCAGGGAGUCUAUGCCAUGGGCUUUAAUCGACCAUCCAAGAUACAAGAGAAUGCAUUACCCAUGAUGCUCGCUGAACCCCCACAGAACCUAAUCGCCCAGUCUCAGUCGGGCACUGGAAAAACAGCUGCCUUUGUCCUGGCCAUGCUCAGCCGAGUGGAACCAGCAGACAGACACCCUCAGUGUCUGUGCCUCUCCCCGACAUAUGAGCUGGCGCUUCAGACGGGAAAAGUGAUUGAGCAGAUGGGCAGAUUUUAUCCAGAGCUCAAGCUCGCUUAUGCUGUUCGAGGCAAUAAAUUGGAAAGAGGUCAGAAGAUCAGUGAGCAGAUUGUCAUCGGCACCCCCGGGACCGUCCUGGACUGGUGCUCCAAGCUCAAGUUCGUUGACCCCAAGAAGAUCAAGGUGUUUGUGCUGGAUGAAGCCGACGUGAUGAUAGCUACUCAGGGCCACCAGGAUCAGAGCAUCCGCAUUCAGAGGAUGCUGCCCAGGAACUGCCAGAUGCUGCUUUUCUCUGCUACCUUCGAAGACUCUGUGUGGCAGUUUGCCCAGAAAGUGGUCCCAGACCCCAACAUCAUCAAACUGAAGCGCGAGGAGGAGACCCUGGACACCAUCAAGCAGUAUUACGUCCUGUGCAGCAACAGAGAUGAGAAGUUCCAGGCUCUGUGCAACCUCUAUGGGGCCAUCACCAUCGCUCAGGCCAUGAUUUUCUGCCAUACCCGCAAAACAGCUAGUUGGCUGGCGGCAGAGCUCUCGAAAGAAGGCCACCAGGUGGCUCUGCUGAGUGGCGAGAUGAUGGUGGAGCAGAGGGCUGCAGUGAUUGAGCGCUUCCGCGAGGGCAAAGAGAAGGUUCUGGUGACCACCAAUGUGUGCGCCCGAGGUAUUGAUGUUGAGCAAGUGUCUGUGGUCAUCAACUUUGAUCUCCCUGUGGACAAGGACAGGAACCCGGACAACGAGACCUACCUGCACCGGAUCGGGCGCACCGGCCGCUUUGGCAAGAGGGGCCUGGCCGUGAACAUGGUGGACAGCAAGCACAGCAUGAACAUCCUCAACAGGAUCCAGGAGCAUUUUAAUAAGAAGAUAGAAAGAUUGGACACAGAUGAUUUGGAUGAGAUUGAGAAAAUAGCCAACUGAGAAGCUCCCCAGUCCCUGGUGCCGCCCUCGUCCCGUCACCGCCCUUCACGGAGUCCAGGGCUGCUCUGCCCGAGCCUCGACGGUUACCACAGACGAAGACACGAGGAAGACACUGCCUACCUCAUUAAAUUAUGUUUGGACUUGACCAAAAUUUGUGGUAACAGUACAGGACAAAAGCAGGAAACUACAUUUUGAAAAUAUUCUGUUGCGUACCUUUGAAUCUGCUUGCAGUUGGUGUGACUGGCUCCAGGACCUCUGGCUGCUCUCUGGCCAGGAUGUUAGGACCAGCCUCCACCCCUAAAGUGACAUGCGCCACACUUUCCAUGAGGGCUGGCAGGACAGGGUGCAGCUGUCUGGAUGGCGUGAAGAGUUGAGCGCAGAGGCCUUGACUUACUCCUCAUCGCUGGACCUGUGGGGAACAAUUUCCUGCCUCGGGGGUUAUUCUCCUGAAACAAGAGAUGUCCCCACCACCCCUUUUACCUUGGCUCUCUUGGGCAGACGGUGUCCCUCUUGCUGUCUCAGGAGCAUCUGUGGUAACCUCCGAUCUGGGGGGAAUCCCAGCCUCUGGAGAGAUUGGCCAGGCCGGGGUGGGUGAGUCCUCGAGGCUCAGGGCCUGCCUGCCUUUCCUUUCCUUUGGCCCAUCAAGUGGCACCCAGGAGACUCCGGAGACUGUGAAGCCACGCCUGGCCCACUUCCAUGGUUCUGAUCCACAGGCUGUCCUGCCGUGGCAGAGCUGAGUAAGUUUGGAGAGGAAGUGACCGCCUGUGGAGGCUCAGGGUAGGCUCUUACCCACAGAGGUGGUUUUCAUGGCUUAUGUAGUUCAUACAUUGUACGAAUAGGGACAGAAGUUAGCUACAUGCAUCUUUCAUUAUAAGAAAUUUUGGGCUGGGGAUUUAGCUCAGUGGCAAGGUCCCGAGUUCAAUCCCCAGUACCAAAAAAGAAAAAAGAAAUUUUAAUAGUUACGAGAAACACUUUACUAAUCAUGACUUAUUUGUAUUUUUCUGCUUAUUAGACUAAUUUAUGCUCAUUAAAAAUACUCUGUGUGUAUAUAA